AUGAGUUCGUACUAUGGUGGUGGUUGGGCAGUAUAUGAAGUAGAAAGAGAAGAACUAGAAGAGCAAGAGCCGGAGAGACCGCAGGAGACGAGCAGGGGCUGGUCUCAUAGUGCGGAGACACGGCGAAGCCCAUCGACGAGUCCAUGGGUGCGAACUGAGAGAAGAGGUUACGGUCAUCAAGCUGAGGUCUUUGACAUGGCCUCCAGUGUCUCGUCGAAUGACUCAUGGUGGCAGGAAAGAGCCUGGUCGAGUGACUCCUGGGCGGGGUCAUCGGGUAGCGGCCGAGCAAAUUGGAUCUACGUGAGUCAGGCAGGGGAACGAGAUGGGUGGGGUCGUGCAGAUCCUUGGCAUUGGUGGCAUGACGAAGCUGGUCGAGGUCAAUGGCGAGUUCAUCAGGGAAAUCAAGAAUGUGAUGCGGUUCGGAGAGACGAAGACGUUGGAGAUCAACCGCACUCUGCAGAAUCUGAAGGUGAUGAUCCUGGCCAAGGAGGUUUACCAUCUGGAAGGGUGGUAUGUGUGCAUGAAAAGAAUGACAAGGAUGAAGAAAAGAAGGUCAGUGGAAAGGUCUCCAGCAGCUAUCCACCAGUCUUCAAGGCGAAGCAGGGUGAGAGCUAUCGCGACUGGAAGAGAGCGGUGAAGUUCUGGCUACGUGGAGAAGGACAUCAGUUGCCUCAUCACUUAGUGGGUCCCCGGGUCAUGGUUCAAUUGAGGGACCGAGCAGCCCAACUUGUCAAGCACUUGGAGCCUGAGGACGUGGACGGGAAGCAGGGUCUGGAGCUUAUCUUUCAGACGCUUGAGAAAAGUCCUCUCAUCCGGCAAAGUGAGAAGCAUAGGGUGGAUUGGCAUCGAAAAAGACUGCUGAAUUUGAAUCGGUUGCCGGGUGAGAGCUUGGAAAGUUACAUCACUAGGGCAGGUUUGUAUCGUAGCCAAUUGGAAGGACUGGAUGAGUCUUUGAGCAUGGGAGAAAGGUUUUUUGUGGGUCACCUGUUGGACCAUGCAAAGCUCACUCGGAGAGACAAGGCUAUGAUUAAGACACAUGCAGGUGCCGAGAACGAGUCAGCCGUCACAGGUGCCAUGAUGGAGCUGGCCGGUGAACUUGAAGGUGAAGCUGGCUAUCCCAUUGGCCAAGCUGAAGGACAAUUGGGAGGUGCCCAAGGUGAAGAACAUCUGGUGCAGCGAGGGUUCUUGGGCAUGCGGUUCAACAAGAAGGACAAGCAAGUGCUUGCAGCAGAGCUCCAGGAGGAUGACGACACUCUCACAUCCUUGGAGGGCAUCCCUGAGGAACCUUUGGGUGAUGAAAGCUUGGACGAGAUGGAAGGGCUGCCCAAUGAUGUGCUUCACGCUGAGCAUGAGGCCUUGGCACUGCAGUUCAAGGCACGUCAAAAGAUGGCUGAAGUUCGCAAGAUGCGGAACUUCUACAAGAAAGAUGGAGAUGGCCGCAAGCAGCGCAGUGGAAAGUGUUUUGUAUGUGACGAACCUGGGCAUUUUGCCAAGGACUGUCCCAAGGUCAAGAUGGCCAUGGAGAAGGGCAAUCAAGUUUUGGUGACCACUGCUCCGUCCAAGGGAAAGCCUUUUGACGAAGGGCAUGAGUGGUCACUUUUAGCCUCUUUGUGCAAGGACACGAUCGUGACGUCCGCUUCAGAGCGUGCAGCAUACAUGGUGUUGGGACCUAUGGGGCAGGGUUCAGAAGUGUCACAACAUUCACAUACCGAAUCACUAGGUCAUCCCACUGGAAGUGUGCCCUAUGAAACAUGGUGGAGCAUGAAAGAAUUGGCACGAAAAGUUAUUUUGGAUCUGGGUUGCAUGCGAAAUGUGGUAGGUGUUGAUUGGGCGAACGAUGUCGUCAGAGAGUGGCAACAGCAUGAUCGUUGGUUGAAGGUUUUGCCAGAGGAGGAGAUUUUUAGGUUUGGAGAUGGAAACACGUUGAAGAGCAAAUAUCGUUUGCAAUUGGAGUCAACUUUUGGUGGAAAGAGGGUUUUCUUGGCUUUCAGUGUGGUUCCUGGUCCUUGUCCUCCUCUACUUUCCAAACAAUCUCACACUGCUUUGGGCGUGCAAUUGGACACGGAAAAACAUGUUUUGAAGUCACGAAAACUGCGAAUCCAAAACUAUGGACUGAGUGAGAACAAUGCCGGUCAUUACACAGUGAGAAUAGAUGAAUUUCAUUUAGUAGAUGUUUUGGACAAUGCAGAGCGAAAAACCUGGAAGAUGGAUGCACAUGCAGAAGUGGCAUUGGUUGAUGAACUUUGUGAACGUGAAGUUUUUGGCUCACAAGUGGAUCAAGACCGUGCGACCGCUGAGCCCUCGUUGAAUGUCUUCGGUUCCGAUCCCAAACCCAGCCAUUUGCCGGCUAUGUGGCGGUGUGGGGCAUCGGACAUCACAAUGUCCGGAGAUGUCAGACCCAGAGGAGAGCAGCUCGUUCUUGGAGGUGAAUCCGCUGACGGAGGAGAAUCUUCGACAGAAGCUGCAGGAGGAAGAGAUCCACAUGGCGGAGUUGAGAGAAAGGGGACGAAAAGAGCCGCCUCGAGCGAUGGAGGUCGAUCGGAACCAGCAGAUCGCCGAGGGCCAGAUGAAAGGUCGCGGCAAAGGGCCUCAACACCGAGCCAAAGCAGCGAUGGCAUCCCCCACUCCGAAGGCGAUUUCACAGCCGGCACUCGCGAGACGAUCAGCAGCUCGAGGAUCCCAGGAUGGGAACAUGGACGAGCCGGAGCAGAUGGUGAUGGGGGAGAUCAAGGACCUGACCUUCGAGGAGAUGCAGUUGGUGUACAAGAGACGCCAGAAGGCGGAGAUGGCUGCGCAGAAGAAGGUGGAGACGGCAGCCUUGACGGGAUGGGGAGCCAAGUAUCCAUCCCUGAGCAACGUGUGGAGCGACGACUUGGCCUUCAACAUCCUGGGCAGCAUGAGGAGCAGGUUGCGCACCUAUCUAUGGAAGAAGCUGGUGUGGCAGAGGAGGAUCAAGGAAGCGGUGCACCAGGAGUCCAAGGGGAAGGCGCAAUGGAAGAGGAACACCAAAUGGCUCAACUAUCUGUUGAGUUACGAGGUGGCGUCGCUUUGGGGCCACUUCGGGGCAAUGCGGCAGAGACUGAGGAGCAGCGACUUUGUGGGGCCGAGGUAUGGGGACGAGCGAACCCCCAACGAGGCCUGAUGCAGAAGCUGAAGAACGGCAUGCAGGGGGCUCGUAAAACCCAUGCGCUCUUGGCCACAGUCCAUCGCAUCAAGGAGAAGUACACCGUCAUGGAGAUCUUUGCGGGCCAUGGGACCCUCACUGAGGUAGCAACUCUACGAGCUGGCUGGGCUGCUUAUAGCCCCAUUGACCUGGUCUAUGGCCAUGACCUGAGAAAUGCACACACCCGACAGCAGGUGUUGGAAGAGAUCCGGACGAAGAAGCCGGACUUGAUCACCCUGAGUCCGAGAUGUGGGCCCUGGAGUCAGUUCCAACGAUUGAACCCCAACAUCGAUCAGAUCAUGGCCGAUCGCCAGGUGGAUAUCCCCUUGUGGAGGUUUGUGAGAGAAGUGUGGGAUGAACAGACCAAGCAUGGACGCCUGGUCAUGACGGAAAACCCUUGGCAGUCAGAGGCCUUGCAUCAAGACUUCAUGGAAAGCCGACCUCAACUACAUCGUGCUAAGGUGGCGCAAUGUGCCUUUGGCCUGAAGGAUGUGGUGGGCGAGAAGCCUCACCAGAAGUACACGGCGUUGGAUAGCAACGACCACUACAUGUGCGAGGGCCUCAUGAUCGGUGCAGAGUGCAAUCAUGGACCAGGAGAACAUCAACCCAUUGAAGGAAGUGUGUUCUUUGAGGGCCGCUCACAGAGGAGAUCAGCACUGGCGGCCAGGUGGCCGAUUGAGCUGUGCGAGCACAUCCUUGAGGCGGCGGAGUACGCAUGGGAGAAAUGUGAAGAGGAAGCACCACGAAAAUUGGCAGAAGGAAGACCACCCAAUGCCUUGCACUAUGCAUUACCGGUGGAGCCCUUGCCCACUCCGGAAGGAGAGUUGAGACGACAACUGGAGAAGGCUGACUGGCGUGGAGGACAGUAUGACUAUGUCUUCUUUGAGGGCAGUGCACGUCAGGGGCCUUACAAGGUGAGGCAAGCAUUGGCUCAUCUUCAUGUGGUGUUGGGUCAUCCUUCUGCUGAUCGUCUUCGACGGAUACUGCAGAUCAGCGGAUGCGGAGAGGUGGUGCUGAAGACAGCGGAAGGCUUGCGCUGUCAGAUUUGUCAGGCAGUGAGACCCCCUGGUGCUGAACCAAAGGUGUCGGGCCAAAGACCAACGCGGUUUGGUGAGAAGAUCCUCUCCGACAGCUUUUACAUCUGGGAUCUGGAUGGUGAGCGCUAUAAUGUCACGCAUUUGCUGGACGGGCUCACGGAGUACCAUGUGGGCAUUGUGAGCAAGCAGCCCUCGGCAGAGACUUCAGCAGAACUGCUUCAACAUCGGUGGUGCGCUAUCUUUGGCCCACCGGAAGUGCUUCAGACCGAUGGUGGCAAGGAAUAUGAGGAUGUGGUCCAAAAGAUUGGCCGCAUCCUGGAUUUCAGACAUGAGGUGGUUCCGGCUGGGGCGAAGUGGCGCCAAGGGCAAGUCGAACGACAUGGGGCGGUGGUGAAGCUGAUGAUGAUGCGCACCAUUGCCGCUCAACAACUUCGAGGUUUGGAGGAGCUCAAGAUGGCAGCCUCAGCAUGUUUUGGGGCGAAGAACAGACUGUGCAACAAGAUGGGGAUGUCUCCCUUGCAGGCCAUCACAGGACGAGAUGUACCAGUUCCAACUUCUCUGAUGGAUCAGCUAUGCAGUGGACAUCUCAAGUUGGCCAUGAAUGCGAGUCUGGAUCAGAAGGAAGCCCUACGAAGAGCAGAACGAAUCAGAGCAUCAGCGGUGGACUCCUUCAACUGGAUUGACUCCAACGAGGUGAUCAGAAAGAGUUUGCAUGCCCGGUCACGGCCACCGAAACUCGAGAUGAUCAGCGAAGGGACGACGGUCUACGUUCAUCAACCUCCACCUCAUCGGCGAGGGCAGCCACGUCGACUUCAAGACCAUGUGAGCUGGGAUGGACCUGGGUUGGUGGUCUGUGUGGAGCGGCAACAGAAUGUGCCCAAUCGCAUCUGGGUGCGUAUCCGAGGAAAAGUGAGGAGCUUUCCUUUGGAGAAGGUGAGGUUGGCGACACCGGAUGAGAUGCUUGGGUCAAGCUUCAUCGUGGGCCUCUUGGAUCAGAUGGCGGAUGAAAUCCGCAUGGGAAAACUGCAGGUGGAGGAACCCAAGCAGCUGGAGGACAGACCACAACGUCCAAGGAAAGCGCCAGCCAACAGAAUUGCUGAGGAAGAAGACACCGAUGAGGAGAUGCCCCAAUCAAUCCAACGGGAGGUUCCCGAGUUGGAAGCGGAAGACCGCAUGAGACAAGUGCGUCGAUUGGAACUAUUGAAUGAUGUUCCCCAUCAGCUUCGAAGCUCCCUUUCGUCGGGUUCAAGUGGACCGGCUCUGGUGCGUCGACUUCAACCUGAAGAACGACAUGAAUUGAUGGAGGAGGAUGAUGAGGAAAUGCCCCGAGCUGACGCACCGGAGCCGAGUGGCCUGGACUUUGGAGCAAAGAAGAAGAUGUUUGAAGAGCUCAGCAAGAGUAAGAUGAGACCAUCUCGUUUGACAGAAGCUGAAUUGAGAAGCACUGCCGCCAAAGCCAAUCAACGAGUGAAACAGAUCCGCAAGCUCAUUCAGAAGUCCCGCCAAGCUCCUGCCUUACAACGAGCCCGAAAGGAUCGAGCUGAUCGACAAGAAGCAGCGAGCGUGGUCUACUGGUCAGAAGCUUGCGGGGAGGCCUGUGAGAAGGAUGCUUUUGAAAUAUGCUGGGCGGAUGCUUGCGAGGAAUGGGCGCUUGAUGAAGCUUUCUGGACCCAACCGGAACCACGACAAUGGGCACAGGCGGAGAUUGUGGAGAAGGUGAAGGAACAACAGCGUGAUCAUCAUCAAGCAGUUGCGGGCGCGAACGUCAUCGACAAGGAGAAGGUGGCGGCAGCAGCUGAUGGUCAUCAAGUGGUGACAGGAAAAGCCCGCCUCGAGUAUCAAUGGGGCAUGCUGCCUGAUGAUUGGAAGGCGGCCUACAAGGAGCCUUUGAUCAAGGCGGUGAAAAUUUACUUUGACCAUGAUGCCCUGAAGGGAGUACCCACGGACAAGGUGAUUGAUUCGCGACGGAUCCUGACCAGCCGCUUUGUCCUGACCAACAAGGGCGGAAAGACCUUGGCCGAGGCAGUUCUCAAGGGCAGGUUGGUUUUGGGAGGCCAUCGAGAUCCUGAUGCUGGCAAGUUUCCAACAUUGGCACCGACGGCAGCAGCCUUGGCUCAUAACCUGAUCAACUUCAUCAGUGUGCAAAUGGGUUGGGUGGUGAAGUACGAGGAUGUGUCAAGUGCCUUCUUGCAAGGAAAGCACCUACCCCCUGAGAGAGAGGUGUACAUUCGUACCCCGAAAGGGUAUCCUGACUACAUCGAGAAGUUCAUCGAGGAGCAAUUGGGCUAUGGCAUGCGCCGGGACCUGCUGCAGCUGACCAAGGGUGGUUUUGGUUUGCCUGAAAGCCCGAGACUCUGGUACCUGGAGUACAAGGAGACCAUUUGUCAUUGUGGCAUGCGAGAACUGGAUCUCCUACCAGGAGUUUUUGUGGCUCAUCAUCCGGAUGGCACCUUACGAGCAUUGGCUUGCAUCCACGUGGAUGACACCAGAUACUGUGGAGAUGCCACCAGUGAGGAGACCUGGAAGAAGGUGCACCAAUGCCUGAAUUUCGGUGAAGUCAGAAAAGCCACCGAUGGAUGGGUGAAGUUUUGCGGCAGAUGGGAGCGACAGGAUCCAGUCACCAUGGAGUUUGAGUACAGCAUGGAUGAAUAUGCCAAGGACCUGCAAAAGGUGAAGUUGCUGGAGACCUACAAACUGGACCCCAAGGAGGUUGCAAAGGAAGAGGACCUUCUGCGCAAGGGCAAGAUGACUGUGGAGGAGUUCACACAUGGCACAACGCAGAAGCGGCAGCCUACUAGUUUGACCUCAGAGAUGCGGCUGGCUAUGUCUUCUAUCCUGGGGCAGCUCAAUUGGAUGGCUCGGCAGGGGCGAUAUGACAUCGCCUAUGGGGUAUCCCACGUCCAGCAACUGAUGAACCGAGAGCCAGCGGAAGCUUUGGACUUCUUGAACAAGGUGAUCUAUCGAGCACGGCAGCCGAUGACCCAGAAGGUGAAGAAGCUGCGCGACUGGCAGAACCUGGUGGUGAUCUCAGCGAGCGAUGCUGCUUUUGGCGCGCAACCUGGUGGAUACAGUCAAGGUGGACUGUUGGUGGGGUUGGCCGAGCCCGAGAUUUUGGAGGGCGAGGCUCAGCUGGUGGUCAUUGAAGCUGCCAGUAUGAAGAUCCAGCGGGUGGUGCGCUGCAGCAUGAGCGCAGAAGUAUCUAUGGCGGCAACGGCCUUUGAGCAUGGGGAUUUCAUCAGAGCGGCUCUCAGCGAGAUCAUCCACGGCAAGUUCAUCCUGAAGGACUGGAAGCUGUGGGCCAAUCGCUGGAGGCACUUUCUGGUGAUUGAUGCGAAGACAGGCUUUGAUGUGCUCACCAGUGAGUGCCAGACGAGCGACCGAAAGAUCCAGAUAGACCUUGCAGUCUUGAAGCAGGCGCUUUUGGAGGACAGAAGCAACGCCUUUGCACGAUGGGUUCCAGGCCACCACAUGAUCUCAGAUGGCUUGACGAAGUGGUUUGGAAACAAGGCGCUCCAGAAGGCCUUGGUGGAAGGAUUGUGGUCGCUGAAGGACACAGCGGAAGCAAUUGGUCUGAGACAGACCGCAGCCGAACAGCGGCGACGUUUGAAGGACAAGCGCGUGACCCUCUCCGAGUUGGGUGUUGGUGCCUACUUCUCUGGGCCCGGGGCUGGGGAAGUGGCGCCGGGAAGGUCUUUCUACCAUGGCGCGAUCAUUCCAAUGUCCAUUUGCACCUUGGUGGAAUCGAUCACGGUGAUCUACGGGUGGAACUUGAAUCCUUUUUGCGCAAAGACCCGACUUACUUAUCUUAGCACGGCCAUUCUGGGCUAUUGUGCCUUGCCCUCACGUUCCGCCGACUGGCCAAAGGGCUUUGGCACCUUCAUGGUCACCUACCUGAGCGCCUGGACACUCUGUGUUGCCGCCGAUUGGCUCCAGGGACCCUAUGUCUACGCCCUCUACGAGGCCUACGGCUUCACCAAGCACGAGAUCGCAGAGCUCUUCGUGGCCGGCUUCGGUUCAGCCAUGGUCAGUAGCUGCUUCGUUGGGGGUCUUGCCGACCGCUUUGGACGUAAGAAGGGCUGUGUGGCCUACUGCUUGCUCUACAUCUUCUCCUGCGCAACCAAGCAUUGGAAGAACUACUGGGUGCUGAUGGUCGGCCGCGUGACUGGAGGCUUCGCGACCUCUUUGCUCUUCUCUUGCUUCGAAUGCUGGAUGGUCUCUGAGCACACGGUCCGCAACAAGUUCUCCUCCAACUUGCUCUCUUAUAUGUUCGGCAUGAAGUUCACGUUGAUGUAUUUGGUCGCGAUUAUGUCAGGAUUUAUGGCUCAGAUUGGUGUCGACUCCUUUCCCUUCGAACCGGUUCAAGGCUACCCAGUGCUGUACAUGGGAGGAAACACUGUGGCUUUCGACAUGUCAGCGGGCGUCUUGCUCGUUGCACUGCUGGUGGUGUGCUCUGUUUGGAGCGAGAACUAUGGCGCAAGCGACAGCGACCCAGAGGCUGAAGCUGAGACGUCGGAGGAAGGCGCAUCGAAGGGCGGCCUCGUCGAGGCCUGGAACGUUCUGUUGGGAAGCACCAGCUUGUCGUGUCUCAUCGCAAUGGUGGCAUGCUUCGAAGGCGCGAUGUAUGCCUUUGUCUUCAACUGGACCCCAUCCUUGGAGACGCCCACCGAACGACCACCGCACGGUGUGGUCUUCGCACUGAUGAUGAUGGCCUGUAUGCGGGGUGCUGAGGUGACAUGUGCGGGGGAUGUGGUGGUGCUCAACAUGGCGGGCAUGAAGUUGGCUCAGCUACCACUGCAGGAGUACAGCACUGGUCGAGCCGUUAAGAAUUUCUUGCAGCACCACUUAGAGGUGCCUCCCUGUCGCCAGCGCCUGGUGGAGCAUGACACGGAUGAGCCACUGGACGAGGAUGCGCCGCUGCUUCCAACGUUUGGUGAUGGGACAAGGUGUUUGACCGUGGUGGUGUUAGACUACAGGCCGGAUCUGACAGUUCAAUUGCUCAAUGCUGCGGAGGAGGGUGACAGCCAGAAGGCCUCCCGGCUGCUGCACGAGCUGGCAGAUCCCAAUGGAACCGAAGCGGAGGGCUGGACGCCGCUACACAUUGCCGCGCUGAACGGACAUUUAGAGGUGGCUCGCACCUUGCUGGAGUCUCUGGCCGAUGUGAGCCGUACCAACUCCGACGGCGGCGCACCGCUGCAUGUGGCUGCUUGGAGCGGCCAACUGCCUAUGAUGAAAGCACUUUGCGAGGCGCGGGCCAGCCCGACCAGCACUCAGAAUGAGGGAUGGGCACCCCUCCACAUUGCCAGCCGCCACGGUCAUGCGCCCAUCGUGGAUUUUCUGCUGACCGACCUUCAGUUGGACCCCGAUGUCCCCGUCACCGCCGGUUGGACUGCCGCGAACAUCGCGGCCUGGGCGGAGCACCACGAGGUGCUGGCGCUGCUCAACGCGCAGAGCGUCCGGGGCGAGGGGAUCAUGGCGGCGGCCUGGCAGUCCAUGACGAGUUUCGUGGGCUUCAUGUGA